AAUCUUUCAUAUCAGUAACAAACUAACAACAACAUAACACCCUGGAUAGAUAUUAGAUAAAUCAAUCUCCCGUAUACAAGCAGACAACAGAAAAAGUCAAACCAAGCCUACUUCAACGGAAUUUCCAAAUAUAUACACACACAUCUAAAUACAAGCAAGCUAACUUUAGCUUUGGUUGAUCAUCGCUGCUGCUUCACACAAUGUCAUUCACUACUCAACUCUCUCUCAUCGUUCUCUUAUGCUUCUCUUUACUCACUCUGAUUCGAUCAGAAUCCUCGUCACUUUCCGGCCGGGAGAAAUCGACGUACCUUUCGCCGGCGAUCUUGUUCGCAAACUACGAUAAAAUGAUUGCCGAGUUCAAAAUUUAUGUCUACGCAGCUCCCAAGGCUCUGUCGCCGACGUUUACCAGCUCGCCGGAGUCGAUGUUUUACUCCAAUCUUAUUAGGAGCGAGUUUGUUACUCGAAACGCUGAGGAGGCGCACUUGUUCUUCGUGCCGUUUGCUCCGGACACCUCCACGCGCGCUCUGGCGCGUUUAGUUCGAGAGAUCCGGCAGAGCUUCCCGUACUGGAACCGCUCGCUCGGCGCCGAUCAUUUCUUCAUCUCACGCGCCGGUAUAGACUACUCGUCCGACAGAAAUGUGCUCGAGUUGAAGAAAAACUCCGUGCAAAUCUCGUGUUUUCCGACGAAAUCGGGGAACUUUGUGCCGCACAAAGACAUCACAUUUCCGCCGCCGGUGGAUUCGCCGAUUGAACUCCCACACGCACCAGAGAACAGAACGACGACGUUCUUAGGAUACAUGAAACUAAACAAAGACGAUAAGUCAACGUGGAACUUCAUCGACGAAUUAGUCGACGAUCAAGACUUUUUGAUCGAAUCUGAGCCGUCCGAUCAUAAAUCAAACAUAAACACCAGUAAAUACUGUAUAUUUCUGUAUAACAGUGAUAUGAAUUGUUUCGUGGAGGCGAUUGCACAGGGAUGUGUGCCAGUGAUAAUUGCUGACCGUCCGAUUCAGGACUUGCCGUUAAUGGACGUGAUUCGGUGGUCGGAAAUUGCGGUGGUGAUCAGUACACGUGGCGGUGUUAAGGGGAUGAAGCUAGUGCUCAGUGAAAUUAGUGAAGAUAGGUUGGAGAAGAUGAAGGAAUCAGCUGUGGUCGCGAGUAAAAAUUUAGUGUGGAACGCGGCGCCGGAGCCAUACGAUGCGUUUUAUAUGGUGAUGUAUCAGUUGUGGCUGAGACGGCAUACGAUUAGGUAUACUAGGAGGGAGUUUGUGUAAGACUAAUUGUUUUUUGUUUGUUUGUAUUUUAAGAGUUAAUGACCAAAAAACCCAAACAACUUGUCAUUUUUUUGCCAAAAAACCUCUAAACUUCCGUUUUCAUUAACAACCCCAAUAAACUUUAUUAAAAUAUAUAAAAAAAUACAAAAUAAAUCAUGGUUAAAUCUGCCGAUCUGACUUGUCAAGUAUCUUUCCCUGAUUUAUAUCUUUUUAUACACAUGUGUGCCAUGUCGUGCCUAUUGAUUAAUAAUAAUAAUAAUAAUUUAUCCUUUAAUAAUUUAUAAUAUUCUAAUUUCAUAAACCCAAUGAAUAUCUGAGGGUUUCAUCAUCUUUAUCAAAGUUACGCUUAGACAAACAAAUUUGAUUUUAUAUAAUUGCUAAAUCCAGGAAAUGAUUAGAACUUAUCGGUGACUUUGAUAAUUUGAUGUUCAGGAUUAUAGUCAAAAGCAAUUUGCAAGGCAUGUAUGUGAUUUUGAAAGAGUUAUGCACACAUAGUGGAGAUAGUAUUCACAGAGUAGACCUUUGUAUUUAAUCAUGUCUUUUAGUGAGGAUGUUCUGAAAUUAGAUUUUAAAGAUUGAAAAUCAAUAAACAUAAAAAUCUGACAUGUUGAACUGACAACAGCAGCAAGCCAACAAUAUCAUAAUUUUUCUUAAACUUUGUUAAACCUGAAUUCAUUUAUCCAGUCAAAUUUCAAGCGUUCACUAUAGUAGUGCAUAAUAGUGAAGAUAUUGUGUGUAUUAAGGGAUUGCAUCAUAGUGAAUUACCAGAGCAAUGCUUGCUAUAACAAGAAGGGGAAAGGUAGCACUGAUGCUGAUCAAACUAUCUUAAAGCUGAUUUUAGUGGUGCUGAUAUAUUUUUUUAGUUAUUCUUACUAUUUUUUGAUUAAUUGUAAUGAAUUUGCCACAUAAGAUAUAAUAUGAUUAUGGUUAGUCCACGUCAGCUAUAAGUAACUCUAGUUAAUUAUUUUCAAAGAUUUAGUAAAGUUUAUUGGGGUUAUUAGUGAAAAAAAGGUUUAAAGGUUUUUUGACAAAAAAAUGACAAGUUAGUUGGGUUUUUUGGUUAAUAGCUCGUAUUUUAAUAUAUGUACUUUUAAAGAAUUUUAUGGAUAUAUAAAUUUUCAGAUAAUAAGACCAGGUAGAAUAGGAACUAAUUAUCAUUAUACUGUAAUUUCUUUAUGAUGAUUUUUAUGAGUCAGUCAUGGAUAAUCUUUCUAUAGUGCAA